GGCUUGUGGAAAUAAACAAUAUUAAAAAAAGGGCUUUACUUCUUUUUGCUAUAUUCUGUUCCGAAUAAGCUGAAGUCUGCGAGGUGCCAUGUCGUUCAAUGGAGGUGAAGAUUUUGACUACUCGGCGUACGAGGUUGAUUUGGCUAAUGCGAUGGAUGAUGAGAUGUUUGGGGAUUCCUUUGGUAGAGAUAGAGUUGAGGAUAAAAAUGAUUAUGAGCUGCUCACUAGGGAGACAGAUACAUCCUCUGCACAAGCAAGAAAAGGGAAGGAUAUCCAAGGCAUUCCAUGGGACAAAUUACAUAUAAGCCGGCAAGCUUAUAGAUGGACCAGAAUAGAACAAUACAAAAAUUAUGAGAAUGUUCCAUCUUCAGGGAUUGACAUGGACAAG